UCCCCCCCGCCCGCUCCUCCCUGCCUCCCCUGCCCGGGUCCCGGCUCGGCGGUAAGAUGGCGGCGGCGGCGGCCGAGUGCGAUGUGAUCAUGGCGGCGCCCGAGGGGCCGGGCGGGCUGGACAGCGACGAGGAGGCGCGGAGAGAAGCAGAAUCUUUCAAGGAGCAAGGAAAUGUUUAUUAUGCCAAGAAAGAUUACAAUGAAGCAUACAACUACUACACAAAAGCCAUAGAUAUAUGUCCUCAUAAUGCCAGUUAUUAUGGCAACAGAGCUGCCACCCUGAUGAUGUUGGGGAGGUUCCGGGAAGCACUAGGAGACUCCCAACAGUCAGUCAGAUUGGAUGAUUGCUUUGUAAGGGGGCACCUCCGGGAAGGGAAAUGUCACCUCUCUCUAGGAAAUGCCAUGGCUGCCAGCCGCUGCUUUCAACGGGUUCUAGAACUGGAUCAUAAAAAUACUCAGGCGCAACAGGAGUUGAAGAAUGCCAGUGCUGUCCUGGAAUAUGAGAAAAUAGCUGAAAUAGACUUUGAGAAACGAGAUUUCAGGAAGGCUGUAUUUUGCAUGGACCGUGCUUUGGAAUUUGCCCCUGCCUGUCACCGGUUCAAAAUCCUCAAAGCUGAGUGUUUAGCGUUACUGGGUCGCUAUCCAGAAGCACAGUCUGUAGCAAGUGACAUCUUGCGAAUGGACUCCACAAAUGCAGACGCCCUUUAUGUCAGAGGUCUUUGCCUUUACUAUGAAGACUGUAUUGAGAAGGCUGUGCAGUUCUUCAUCCAGGCGCUCAGGAUGGCUCCCGAUCACGAGAAAGCAUGUAUGGCCUGCCGAAAUGCCAAAGCACUUAAAGCAAAGAAAGAAGACGGAAAUAAAGCGUUUAAAGAAGGAAAUUAUAAACUAGCUUAUGAACUCUACACAGAGGCACUGGGGAUAGAUCCCAAUAACAUAAAAACAAAUGCCAAACUCUACUGUAACCGAGGGACAGUUAAUUCAAAGCUUAGGAAACUAGAAGAAGCAAUAGAUGACUGCACAAAUGCAAUAAAACUGGAUGACACGUAUAUCAAAGCAUAUUUGAGGAGAGCACAAUGCUAUAUGGACACAGAACAAUAUGAAGAUGCCGUAAGGGAUUAUGAAAAGGUUUAUCAGACAGAAAAAACAAAAGAACACAAGCAGCUCCUAAAAAAUGCACAGUUGGAACUGAAAAAAAGCAAAAGGAAAGACUACUAUAAAAUCCUCGGGGUGGAUAAAAAUGCUUCUGAAGAUGAGAUCAAGAAGGCCUACAGGAAACGUGCACUCAUGCAUCAUCCAGACCGGCAUAGUGGGGCAAGUGCAGAAGUGCAAAAAGAGGAGGAGAAGAAAUUUAAAGAGGUUGGUGAGGCCUUCACCAUUCUGUCCGAUCCCAAGAAGAAGGCUCGCUAUGACAGUGGGCAGGAUCUGGAAGAAGAUGGAUUGAAUAUGGGAGAUUUUGAUGCAAACAAUAUCUUCAAGGCCUUCUUUGGUGGACCUGGUGGCUUCAGUUUUGAAGCUUCUGGGCCAGGAAAUUUCUUUUUUCAGUUUGGCUAAAACAAAACCAAUCCAAGCCCUACACAUCUCUGAUCUGCUUGUUUUAACCUCAGAUAUGGACAUACUUAGAUUCCUUCCUUCAUCAUGUCUCAUUGUACUUAGAGCAGUUUCAUUUUCUCAAAUUGGAGACCUCCAUUUUGUGUGCUUUGUGCGUGAAGAGGAAACCAGCUUGGGGGGGAGGGAAGGUUUGUGAAUUUUGUUUUACUGUUAACUUUAUUAAAAAAAAAAAAAAAAAGAAAAAUAAAAGUUUUGAAUCUUCUGGUCCCUCCAUGCUGGCCCAUAUUUUUCAGACUGUACCUACUCCCAGAGUGAGGGGACUUCCCUGAAGGUCAUUCUCCUGGAAACCCAGCUUGUGUCUGGGAGGGGAGGGGGAUGCCUUAUGCUUUUUUUUUGGUUGGCUUCAGAUGCAGGAGGGCAGCACACAUGGGUUUCUAGUGACUUGUAAUAAUUGACUCUUGACAAUAUUUUUGUGACAUCCAGUCAAACUACAUCCCAUCUGCCAUCUGUAAUUGCACUUACCAUGGUUGUACCAAAAUGGUACAUUUGGGCAUUAAGUGAAAUGACAAAGAAGAGUGUGAUCUUAACGCUUUCAUACCAGAGAAAAAUGCUUCUUCAGAUUUGUGUGGGCAGCUGUUAAGAAAGCACUCCUUACAGUGCAGCUCAGAUGCAAGGGCUCUGAUGUUUCUACUCCACAAAAUUGUCCAUUUUCUUUAACGGGAUAUUUAAUUUGUUCUGUUUAAAUUUCUUCCUGAAAUUCCUGUUCUUGUGAUUAAUCCAUUUUAGCAUAUGUACUGAAGCUUGAUUUUUGUUAGGUUUGGUUGGGUUCUAUAAUCCAAAAACACACCCUCUAUGAUUUUCAUGUCAUCUCUUCUGAGCUUUGAAGAAAUGCCGAGGGUAUUCAGGUUACUGAUAAUUUAAAAUACAAUUAUUAAGCAUGUGCAGGGUGCAUUGGAUACGUGUCUGGAAAGUGAUGUCUAGUUGCUAACUGAGAUGACUCAUGCUAUGGUGUUGAAGUGGCAGUAAAGAGUAGCUUCCAAACCUAAUGAAGCAAGGCAAUGCCAAGACAAGGAAGAAUCUCUGAACUGAUAGCCUAUGACUUGCCCUACAUGUCUCUUCAGGUCAGGACAGGAGAUAAUGAUGAGUUCAGGUAGAAGCUAUUUGGGGAUGCCCCCUUUCUAACUCAGGAUUGGCUUGCGCUUGUAGUGCUUUCUGACUUCUCACAUGAUUGUUUUUUCUGCUUUACCACAACCUUGGUGUUGCACCAAGAUGCUGGCUCAGGGAGGAUAUCAUGUGUUUGAAGAAAUGAAAAUCCCAAGCUAUACCUUUUUGACAUGGUAAAGAGUUGGCAUAAAUAGAAUCAUCUCCGUUAAGUAGAUACUCCACCCAGGUUAGAUAUCUCUGAAGUAGCUUUGGAGCUUUGUUCCAUAGCUUGUUUAACUGCUGGGAUUUUUGAUGGUCUCUACUGCAGACAUGGAGCUGGAGGGUGUUUGGGUAAAAUCGGUAAAUAACUGGUAGAAAACCGAGCAGCUCCAGUCACAAAAUACAGUGUUCUGCUCCCAUAAUUUUGUUCUAAAUUACAAUUGCCAUAGUAUAGUGAUGAUUGAAAAGCUACUUUCUGAUCGCCUGAGAACAGAGGCAUGUAUAAACAAAUUGAAACAUGUCUGUACUUUGGUUUUGGAGGAAUUGGGUACUAGCUUUUGCUCUAGCCAACCUGGCUGACAAAUUUAAUGUGUCCACAAAAAGUAAUGCUUCCCACUAACUCCUUUACAAAAUCCUGUACUGGAAUUCAUGCAUCUCUGUCCUGCCUUCCUUCUAGCCAAGAGCUAAACUAAUCCUCUCCUGCACUUGGCAGGAAGGUUGCUAUAUUGCAGUGCAAGGUGUUCUUUCCGUGUCAUGGUUGUAAACGAAUUGCGCUGUGCUGCCACCAAAAACUUUGUCAUGCUGCUGUCUUUACCAGGUGCUUUGACAAUCUGCUUCAAUUGAAGAAAAGGAUAAAGGGCCUAAUCCCACUUUAGGAGAACUAAUACCAGCAAAGGCUAUUUGCUCAAAAUUCAACUUUUGAAAUGAGCCAGUGUUGAGUCUCAUUGCAGAAACAAGCCCUCCUGGUGUCUUUAUUUUUCCCCCUCCCAUGCACCAGCUUGAUGGACCUGCUCAGGUUACACUGGUGCAAAGGAGAGGUAACUAAGACCUUCACAUCUUGUCAACUCCAGCAUGUUGAAUGUUUGGGAGGAAUUUAAAAAAAAAUGGUUGUUGCCUAUUGAAAUUAUACUCUGGUUUUCAUGGUACUCUUGUAAAUCAAAGUGUACAGGACUGAUCAUUUCAAUGGGACACACUGGGUUGUGAAUGCUAUCAUCUUGUGUUUGUUCUUGUUAGCACCGCACAGUUUGGAAUUGGCUCUCAGAUUAUCACUAUGGAGACCUGCUUCCUGCUUUCUGGCAGUGUGGCCUUUCUUUAGUAAGUGUCAAGGAAACAGACUUCCCCCCCAACCUCUCAAAUUUAGAAGGAAAGACCAUUCUCUGAGGGACAAAAGAGGAAUGGAUGUUCUCAUGAGAGAGGAAAUACACACAGUAGGUAUUUAUGUAAACUACAUGUUUGUAUGAUAUAAUGUAGCGAAAAUUAACAUGGUGAGUGCCAAGCCUUUUUUAAAAAAAACCCAUUAUAUGGUUAAAAGUGAAUGCACAUGGAUGUUCACUUUUGCAGAGUGCAUUAUAAUGUUAAUGGAAUUUAGUAACUAUACUGUUACCUCAGGACAGUGGCAGAAGAGCACGGUGCUGUUACAUACACUAGACCACCUUCUCGUAUUAGCACAGUUUGGAGAGACGGACGCUUUUGUUUCUCUUAGAAAAUACUUGCCAAGAUGUGAUUUUUUUUUUAUUUUUUUUUUUAAUUAAACGCUGCAUUUCACACACGACCAAUAUUGGACAUAAUUAUUUAUAGAUCUUGUUUCCUAGAGUCAAACGGGGCACCUUAAAACCAUUUGUCUGGCUGCUAUACCUAUCCUAGUGUCUCCCCUUGCUUCCAGUGGCUUGCUGAGGUCCAGGAUGCAGGGAUUUACCACUGUCAUAAGCAGCAGGUAUCUUAAACAGACAAUAUGCUCAAGUAUUUAAGUUGUAGAAAGCAAAACAAUGUCAGUGGUGUUCCCAGAACAUGUAAUGCCGUAGAAAAACAGAUUAAAUAGGCUACAUGUGAAGCUGUACUCCCUGUGAUUUAUUUUUUUUUUCCCCCUAUGGGGUACAGGUUGUAUUUCAUAUGUGAAGAGACUGGUGUUCAAAGCUCCUGCUCUUAAUGCAACAAAGAAGUGUGUUAGGGUGGGUUUUUUCUUCUUUUUUUUUAAUUUAGUCUCCAUAAGAGUAAAUUAAUGAAAGUUUUAUUUCUGGUAUAACAGCAAGAGCCUUAAACUGUUUGCUUGGUGGCAUCUUGAGUCACUUUCCAGAACAUGUCCUUGUGGACCCUCAGAUUAAACAGCUGCUUUUCCUUGGCCUCAAAUCUGAGUGGCUCUUGUUACAGCUUGCGUAUCAUCACUCAGGCCUCUGCUAUUUGGGAUCUAACUAACAUUCCUCUUGAGCGGACAUGUGCCAAAAUAGAGCCUCUCCCCCACAGCUGUAAUGACUCUGGGGAUUGGCAGGAAUAAAGUUAAGUUAUGCAGAUAUGACUAUAUACAGGGCUAAUGAAGAAAAAUGUGCCAUUUUUUUUAACAUAGCUUUAUGCAAGGGAACUGACAAGAGUAGACACUUCAUUGAAGAGAUGAGGGAUAGCUGAAAUUGUUACUGACAAUAUGGGGUGUAAUCUAAAGAAAAAUACCUGUGCAUGGAACAUCUUAAGUCCAAACCAACCUACUGGCAUAAGUCAAAGCAUCUUCUAUUGCAACUCAAAAAGGCAUUUGCAGAAAUGCAGGAGACAUUGAGCGUUAGGCCCUCCCUGCCGUGCUUGUUUGAUGUUCCACUUCUUGGCCAAAAUAUGGAGUAUGAGUUGCAUGUAGAUCGGGCUCAGACACAGCCCUAUUCAAAAUAAAAGAAGUAAUUGCAUUCCUUGAACUAGGAGCACAUCCAUUCUAAUGCUUGUGAGGUCUUGCAAGUGGAGUGCGUGUGGCCUAAACACUAAUAUGCCUUUCACACAGGCUUUUCUUGCCAAAAAUUAUAGGUCUAUUGGCUGUGGCUGCUGCAGGGGUAUCACUGGCUUCCAGUCCUCUCCAGCCAUCAAGAGAACUGAACUCUUCUAACCUAAGUUGUAAAGAGCAGGAAGAUGUCAUGCAGUUUCUUGGGCUCUCUGCAGGGGUUUCUGCUAUGUAGCAAAGUGCACUAUUCUGUCUGCAUGCUUGGGAGGUUUACUCCAAGGGUGGACUUUUAGUAGAGGCCAAGGCUUGUGACUGUUUUGUGAAUAACUGCAUCGGUGCAGCCUGCAAAAGGGUUGGGAGCAAAAGGAUUAAGUACUCCACAUCAGCAAUGUGAGUCCUGCUGCAUGCUUCUGUCUGGCUAGAAUGAGGGCUGAUCACCGUUGUGCCGCAGCUUGUUUCCUGUCAUGGAGACUCACUCAAGUGAUGCACCCAACUGCACUGCUCUGUUGAUCCACCUGUGUGCUCUCAGGCUGUGCCUAGCCAAGUUCUUCUUUAGCUAAUUGAGUGAUCAAACCACUUGGCCCAUGCAGUGGCUUGCUCUUCGUUCAAAAUCACUCUCUCAGUUCAGUAGCAAGUUAAGCAGUUCACCUGCUUCAAGCAGGCUUGGUGUUGUUCCAGGUUAAAUUGUGCCUUGUGGCCCCUGCCCAGACAAAGCAAGCUCAGAAAUCCAAAGCUCCAUCUUGCUCUUACAGGGAGUGCUCUAACUGGAACUGAAAGCUGGCACGACUAGUGACAGCAUGGUCUGUGACCCUGCUUUACGUGUCGUAAGCCACUGAUGGCACUACACCAAGUCAUCAGAAUAGGUAGAGAGAUGUGCAAUGGAAGCCUAAGUAGUUUGGUAAUGUUUCAGCUUUAUUUCACCUAGUUUUCCCUCCCAACAUAUGCAGACAGAAAGACAAGCUGCUGCAGCCCCCUCUCCUCCCACCAAUAACUUCAGGGUAAGCCAAUCACUUGGGCAUGCAAGUAAUUUUUGAACAGGAGUUCUUGUUUUAAAGCUUUUUAGCUGGAAAAAACAAGAUAGAACGUUAUUGGACUAAAGCUGUGGUAGCACCAGUGGAAGCUGAGGAAUUACCACAGCUUGCCUCUGCCUUCUUGGACUGGGUAUGCAACUUAACUGUAGACCAUAGCCUCUCUUAGAAUGACUAUCCCGUCUUACUCCCUGCUUUCACUUAAUAGCUCAUGCUACGGAAGAGACAGAAGAGUGUGAAACUGUUUUAGAGUACACAAUGGCAGCCCGAACACCUUCAUUGCAUGCAUACCUGCUUUAUUGUAAAGAAAUUAAGGAGUACUAAAGACAAAAGCAGACGCUGAUGUGAAGCCACCUGGAGAGGACACUAGCCCCCAUGCAAUGGUCUUAUUUAACUGAAUUUAAGGAAUGGAUUCUAUGUUUACCUCAUUGUAAAGUUGUUGCCUUUCCAUUGAGAGGAAAGGAUGCUGCAUGAAGCAAUCCAGAUGCUAGAUUUGGUUCCCCUGACAUUCAGCCCUCUAAGGUAGGCUUCACAUCAGUAUAAAUACUGUCCCUCUUUGGACCCUUACCUUUCUAGGAUGUGAAUGGUAAAAAUGUGAAUAUUUGUUGUUUACUUCAUUAGACAUAAUUCAAAAUGAUGUGUUUAUAUGCAGAAUCUCAAUCAGACUGAAGCAAAACCAUAUGCAAUUGGUUUACUUUAUUAUAAACUGUAUAUGAUGUACAAACUAAUAAACAUUUAAAUGAGGA